AUGAAGUUUUUCUCCUCCGUCUUUGCCGUUUCUCUGCUGGUGACGAGCGCUCUCACGAUCGACGCUGGAACCACUACUCAAGUGUCGGCCAACCGUGAUACGGGUUUCUCCCAAACCGGCGAGCGUUCCAGCACGAACGGCAAGCAUGGUGUUCCCUUGAUCAAGAGUGGAUUUAGUCACGCGGAAUCGAGCGGCACCGAUACCUCGCAGAGCAACCCCGGCCAGACCAACCCUGACCAAAACAACCCCGGUCAGUAUACGCCGGAUCAAAAUGCUACGAGCUCAGACGGAUCGCAGGAGCAAACCCCGCCGGUCCUCAAGGGCGAUUGCAUUCUCACUGGAGUUUACAUCAACAACACCGAUGUGUCGGAAUGCCGCAGCAUCCUUGUCGACUCGUUACAAGUGCCUGCAGGCGUGAUGCUGAAUUUGACCAACCUGCAUAACAAUACGAGGAUCUCAUUCCAUGGUACCACCACCUUCGGAAAAAUGCUAUGGGCUGGUCCGCUGGUUGAGCUUCAAGGAAACAAUCUUACUGUCACUGGCCCCGGUACGCUUGACGGACAAGGUGCAUGGUACUGGGCUCAAGCCCGGAACCUUACCAAACCACGCUGGCUUUUCAAGAUGUACAAGGUUGCCGACUCCACUAUAUCGGGAUUGAACGUUUUGAACAUGCCUUUCCACGCCUUCGCUGUCGAUAGCUGCAACUACACGACCAUCACCGGAGUCACUGUUAAUUCCAGUGCUGGUAACGGAGUCGCGAAGAACACAGAUGGAUUCGAUCUCGACAAAAACGACCACGUUACGAUCACCAAGAAUCGUAUUUUCGGCCAAGAUGACUGCCUUGCGAUGCAGUCGAGCACCAAUAUCGUGUUCAGUGACAACUACUGCUGCG